GAUCUCGUCCCGGUUGCUAGGAGACAGCUCAGCCUCUGCAGACCAGCGCCUUUCCGGGAGUAGUGGCGGUGCUACACUGCUGAGAGCAUGGCGCCCAAAAAGAAAGGCAAGAAAGGCAAGGCCAAAGGCAGCAACAUCGUGGAUGGGCUCCCGCCGGAGGACAUGACCAAGGAGCAGGUGGAGGAACAUGUCACCCGCAUCCGGGAGGAGCUGGACCGAGAGCGAGAGGAGCGCAACUACUUCCAGCUGGAGCGCGACAAAAUCCACACCUUCUGGGAGAUCACGCGGAGGCAGCUGGAGGAGAAGAAGGCAGAGCUGCGCAACAAAGACCGGGAGAUGGAGGAGGCGGAGGAGAGGCACCAGGUGGAGAUCAAGGUUUACAAGCAGAAAGUAAAGCACCUGCUGUAUGAGCACCAGAACAACUUGGCGGAGGUGAAGGCUGAGGGUACUGUCGUCAUGAAGCUCGCCCAGAAGGAGCACCGCACGCAGGAGGGCGCCUUGCGCAAGGACAUGCGCACACUGAAAGUGGAGCUCAAGGAGCAGGAGCUGGCCAACGAGGUGGUGAUCAAGAACCUGCGCCUGAGACAUGCUGAGGAGAUCACCAAAAUGCGAAAUGACUUUGAAAGGCAAGUUCGAGAGAUCGAGGCCAAGUAUGAUAAGAAGAUGAAGAUGCUGAGAGAUGAGCUGGAUCUGCGGAGAAAGACUGAGAUCCACGAGGUGGAGGAGCGCAAGAAUGGGCAGAUCAGCACCCUGAUGCAGCGGCACGAGGAGGCCUUCACGGACAUCAAGAACUACUACAACGACGUCACCCUCAACAACCUGGCCCUCAUCAACUCCCUCAAGGAGCAGAUCGAGGACAUGCGGAAGAAGGAAGAGUACCUGGAGCGGGAGAUGGCGGAGGUGUCGCUGCAGAACAGGCGGCUGGCAGAACCCCUGCAGAAGGCCAAGGACGAGAUGAGUGACAUUCAGAGGAGGCUUGGGAACUACGAGAGGGACCAGCAGAUCCUGAUUUGCACCAAGGCGCGUUUAAAGGUUUCUGAGAAAGAGCUGAAGGACCUGCAGUGGGAGCAUGAGGUACUGGAGCAGCGGUUCAGCAAGGUGCAGCAGGAGAGGGAUGAGCUCUACCGGAAGUUCACUGCAGCCAUCCAGGAGGUGCAGCAGAAGACAGGCUUCAAGAACCUGCUGUUGGAGCGUAAGCUGCAGGCGCUGAAUGCGGCUGUGGAGAAGAGAGAGGUGCAGUUCAACGAGGUGCUGGCCGCCUCCAACCUGGACCCUGCAGCACUGUCACUCGUGUCCCGGAAACUUGAGGAUGUUCUGGAAUCCAAGAACACUACCAUCAAGGACUUACAGUAUGAGCUGGCCAGGGUCUGCAAGGCCCACAAUGACCUGUUGCGUACAUAUGAGGCGAAGUUACUGGCCUUCGGGAUCCCCCUGGACAAUGUGGGGUUCAAGCCCCUGGAGACAGCAGUGAUUGGACAGACACUGGGACAGGGCCCUGCAGGACUUGUGGGUGCUCCUACAUAGCCACCUUCUGGGGCUUCAGAGCUGGCCUGCCCCACUGUG